UUAAGGAAAGUGAGAUAAUUUUUUAUAUAUUAAUUUACAAAGAUUUUCAAAUUUCAGGGUGCUAGUCCCCUCCUCCGCCCCUGAUUAUCAAGAAACAACAGAUCACCUCAUCCGUGAUUGUCCAGCCCUUCCCACCUUUGGGCAUCAAUUCCUAUUCAUCCAUCCCACCAGCACACCUUCAACCUUGAUCUUUAUGCACGGCUUCUCGCUAACUGUUCCUCUAAACUAUGCAUUCCUCACCCAAGGAUUCCUUGGUCUUCUCUCUUCCGCUCUAUCCUCUGGAACAUUUGGAAUGACAGAAGCAGUCCCUGUUUCCAGUAACAUUCUGAUCUCAAUGGGAUCCUUAAUAAAUCCCUUCAGUUCGCUAUUGAGUUUUGGGCUAAUAGAGCCUACACUUCUCAUCAGAACACAGGUCUUCGCUCUUAUCAAAUGGGAAGCACCGCAAGCGGGAUGGAUGAAAUUCAAUUCCAAUGGAUCCUCUUGUACCAAUCUUGUUAUAGCAGGGGCCGGAAGAAUCAUUCGAGAUCAAUAAGGAAACUGGGUUCUUGGCUUCGCCCAAAGCCUGGGGCAUGGCACCAAUAAAUAAUGAUGCUGAGUUCUGGGGUCUGAAAACAGGCCUUGAAAUAGCUCUUGAAAAAGGGUUUACGAACCUUGAAGUAGAGGUAGACUCUAUUAUUGUUGUUAAUAACUUAAAUGAGACUUA